AUUGCAAAACCUGUUUGUACAGAAAAGAGCAACUCCUUUUUUUAACUUGUUCAAAGCCAAAUCAGUUCCAAAUGCAACUGUGCAAAGCCCAAGGGUCAAGUUCCAAAAUUCGACUGUGCAGAGCUCAAUUGUGAAGUUUGUGUGGCUCUACCGCAAGGCAAGUAUCCCCCAUCCCAGACCCAUCAGUCUGGGGUUUGCAUACUCCCCAAAUUCAGGCAGGCAUCAUAUAUGCAAGCCCAAGGCCUGGAGGCCUUUGGGUCUGGAUACCCCAGUCUCACUUGAUCUUAGCUAAAGAGGAGGGGCCACAUCCUGCCUAUGCCUAGUGUUUUUCCUCCUGUCCUUCUCCAUCACUUGGAGCCCUGGGUUUACCCUGGGAUCCCAGAUCUCAACUAAAAGCAGCAGUAUGAAAGCCUGCUCUGCCCCCAAUCCACUCUCAGCCACACACAGAGAAAAAAGAGCAGCUUCACUUGCUCUCAGCAAGAAUCAGAGCCUCUGAUGCCUGCAGCAGUGUUGCUAGGCAGCUGUGAAACAGCUGGGCGUCUAGCUUGACUUGUCUCAUUGAUUCCUGUCGCCAGAGGGCUCUGCUUGUAGCUGAGGAAGAGGAGGCUGCUAUUACUCUCUUCUCAGGAUAUUGGGAGUUUAGCUUCCUGGGUCACAGGCUGCUGCUGCUGCCUCCUCCAUUGUGAUUUCUGGACUGAACAGCUGCUUUUCCCUCAGCAGGGUUUGGGCCAGGAGAGACCUUCAUUAAAGCCCCUUUGUGCCCAGCCAAGUGGGGGGGGACUUUCUCCAGUGGCUGGAACCAGCCCCAGAUCUCUCCCAUGGAGCAGGAGGAGGAAGUGGAUGCCUUGGAUGCAGAGGAAAAGAAGUACAAGGGGGAUGCUUGCACAGCAGCUGACUGUGUGGUGAGUGAAAAGGAGAAUUGUCUGCAGGAAGCAGAACUACAUGCUCCAUUACUGGAGAGAUUUGAGAGGGAUGAUCCCCAGAGCCUAGAGCAAGUGGGGGCCUGUGAGAAUCGAUCCAAGCCAGAAGGGCAGAAAAGCCUUACCAUAGAAAAGCCAAAGAGCAAAACCACUUCCCCUGGCAAAGCUAAGGGUAUCAAAGAGAAUCAGAGAAUCCAGGCAGGGGAAGAACCCCAUAAGUGCCCUGAGUGUGGGCAAAGCUUCAGUGAGAGCUCAGACCUCCGCGUACAUCAGAGACUGCAUGCUGGAGAUAAGCCCUAUAAAUGCAUGGAGUGCGGGAAAAUUUUCAACAGGAGAUCCUUCCUGAUCACACACCAGAGAAUUCACACUGGAGAGAAACCCUACAAGUGCCCCGACUGUGGGAAGAGCUUUCGUGUCAGGUCUACCCUGAUUAAACAUAAGAGAAUCCAUACAGGGGAAAAACCCUACAAAUGCCACGACUGUGGGAAAAACUUCCGCCUCAGCUCCACGCUAAGCACGCACCGGAAAAUCCACACGGGAGAGAAGCCCUAUGAAUGCCUGGUGUGUGGGAAGAGCUUCCGAGUGAGCUCCUACCUUCUUGCCCAUGAGGCAACACACAGUGCAGAUAACCCCUUUAAAUGCCCCGACUGUGGGAAACACUUCAGCGUGAGCCGGGAUCUCAUUGUGCACCAGAGAAUCCACACGGGAGAGAGACCCUUUAAAUGUACAGACUGUGGGAAAACCUUUAACCGGCGAUCGACCCUCAUAGUGCAUCAAAGAAUCCACACAGGAGAGAAGCCCUAUAAAUGCCCUGACUGUGGGAAAAGCUUCAUUGUGAGUUCAGAUCUCAUUGCACAUCAGAGAAUCCACACGGGGGAGAAACCCUACCACUGCCUGGACUGCGGGAAGAGCUUUCGCCUGAGCUCACACCUCACCCGACACCAGAGAAGCCACACUGGAGAGAGACCCUAUAAGUGCCUGGUCUGUGGGGAAAGUUACACUGACAGCUCAGGCCUUAUUAAACACAAACGGAUCCAUACAGGAGAGAAACAGAGGCCAGUAAUGGUUACACCGCAGGGAACCCACACGGGAGAGGGACGUUAUAAAUGCCUGGUCUGCGGGAAAACCUUCACUGUGAAGUCAGCACUUAUAAAACACAAGACCAUGCACACAGGGGAGAAACCCUAUAAAUGUCCCGAGUGUGAGAAAAGCUUCAGCCACAGCUCAGCUCUCAUGAAACAUCAGAGAAUCCACACGGGCGAGAGACCUUUUAAAUGCCCUGACUGCGGCAAGAGGUACAACGACAGCUCAACCCUGAGGAGACACCGGAGAACGCACACAGAAGACCGACCUUAUAAAUGCCCCGACUGUGGGGAGCGCUUCUGUAUGAACUCUGCCCUUGUAAGACACCAGCGGGUCCAUACAGAAGAGAGGCCCUAUAAGUGCCCUGAAUGUGGGAAGAGCUUCCAGUCCAACUCUCUGCUCGUCACACACCAAAGAAUCCACACGGGCGAGAAGCCCUAUGCCUGCCCCGGGAGAGGAAAGAGCUUCAGUGUGAGGUCAACCCUUAUUAAGCAUCAAAGAAGCCACACAGGCGAGCGACCGUAUAAAUGCCUGGACUGUGGGAAGAGUUUCAGUGACAGCUCAGCCUUUAUUAAACACAAGAGAAUCCACACAGGAGAGAGGCCCUAUACCUGCAGCGAAUGUGGGCAGAGGUUCAGUGUGAGCUCUGACCUCAUUGUCCACCAGAGGAUCCACACAGGGGAGAAACCCUACAAGUGCCCCGACUGUGGGAAGAGCUUUGGUCUGAGCUCGCACCUCACCCGGCAUCAGAGGAUCCACACAGGAGAAAGACCCUACACGUGCCCUGACUGUGGGAAGAGCUUCCGCCUGAGCUCUACCCUCAUCACCCACCGCAAGAUCCACACCUCCGAGAAACCCUACCAGUGCCCCAAGUGUGAGAAGAGCUUCAGGGUGAGUUCCUACCUCCUCACCCACGAGCGGACCCACACCGCUGAUAAACCCUACAAAUGCCCUGACUGCGGGAAGAGCUUUGGGGUGAGCUCGGCCCUGAUCAAACACCAGACCAUCCACACGGCAGAGCGGCCCUUUAAAUGCAGCGACUGUGGGAAGAGCUUCAAUCGGCGGUCGGUUCUGAUCACGCAUCAACGGAUCCACACCGGAGAGAAGCCGUAUGUGUGCCACGACUGUGGGAAGAGCUUCAUUCGCCGUUCGGACCUCACAGCCCACCAGAGAGUCCAUACCGGGGAGAGGCCCUUUAAAUGCCCCGACUGUGGGAAGGGCUUUGGCAUGAACUCAGCCCUGGUUAAACACCAGAGAGUCCACACAGGGGAGAGACCCUACCAGUGCCUGGAGUGUGGGAAGGGCUUCAAGCAGAAGCCUGCCCUUGUUACCCAUCAGGGAAUCCACACAGGGGAAGGGCCUCAUAAAUGCGCUGACUGUGGGAAAAGCUUCAGUGUAAACUCUGCUCUGAUGGUUCACAGGAGAACACACACUGGGGAGAAGCCUUACACAUGCCCCAGCUGUGGGAAGAGCUUCAGUGACAGCUCAGGCCUCAUUAAGCAUCAGAGGAGCCACACAGGAGAGAGACCUUACAAGUGCCCUGACUGCGGGAAGAGCUACGGGGACAGCUCAGCGUUCAUCAAGCACAAGACCCUGCACACAGGAGAGAAACCCUACAGAUGUCCUGACUGUGGAAAGAGCUUUAGUCACAGCUCAGCCCUCAUGAAACAUCAAAGGAUCCACACAGGGGAGAGACCCUUCAAGUGCCCUGAGUGCGGGACACGCUUCACGGACAGCUCAGCCCUUCGGAGACACCGGAGAAUCCACACAGACGACAGGCCCCAUAAAUGUCCUGACUGCGGGAAGCGCUUCCGAGUGAACUCAGCCCUGGUCAAACACCAGCGAUUCCACAUGCAGGAGAGGCCCUGCAAGUGCAGUGAGUGCGGGAAAAGCUUCCAGUCCAAGUCACUUCUUCUCACGCACCAGAGAACCCACACAGGGGAGAAGCCCUACAGAUGCCUAAACUGUGGGAAAAGUUUCCGUCAGAGCUCACAUCUUAUCAGGCACCAGAGAAUCCACAUGGGGUAGACCAGGGUGACCAAAUGGUGGCAUGCAUGCCACAAGCAGCACUGGCAUUAGCUCCACUCUCCUUUAUUGACGUGAAAUGUGGGUGACCUACUGUCAUCUCAAGAGCUUGAAGAGACAAUUGCCUCUGGAAAAUUCUCCACAUCAAGUAGAAAGAUCACUUCACAAAUGACUGCAUCUUUGCUAAGCCAACGUUACCAGCAUGAAGUCAGAGAUCCUCAAGCACCAAGUUUGCUGGACCAGACAUUGUGUGUGGAUGCUUGACUCUUGACUCCCAAACCAAGUGCUUUACUUCCAGCUUGGUUAUGGGCUGAAAUUUGGAAACAUUAUGAGGACAUAUUGAAGGCAGGCCUUAAAAAAACAGACACUAACAUCAAGAGCUGGGAGAAGCUGGCUGCUAACCGACUCCAAUUGUACUGCAACUUUGACCAAGCAGCAGUCCAUUUUGAAGUAAAGCAUCUUGCCCUUGAAGCAAAGAAGAGAGAACAGAGGAAGGAAAAGGAGAGGAAUCCCAACCUACAGCCUACUCUCCCCUACAGAAAGACCUACAAUUACUGUGGAUGGAUCUGUGGCUCAAGGACUGGACUCUUAAGUCACAUCAAGACAUGUGAACGAGCUGUGGUAGAGAUCAUCCUCAAAUUGGGGGAUUGCUGAUGGUGGCAUGGGCGGCCUCUGUGUACAGCACAUGGCAGAUUGGGGAGGGGGCAGGCAGCACAGCAGCAUAUUAGGCAGGGAACAGAAAGCAAAGCAUCAGAUCAGACAGGAGACACAGGGCAGGCAACAGAAAGCAGAGCAGCAGAUUGGACAGGGCAAGGGGGACUGGAGUGGCACUUGGAGGAGGGUGUAGGGUUAGUUUGUGACACACCUAAGAAAAAGGUUGAUCCUCACUGGGAUAGACAGUCACAAGGGGAAUUUCCCCCCUAUUUUCCUGGUUGUGCUUCAUUCUGUCAUCAAGGGAUGUGAUCCAUGGCUGGCUGGAGGUGAGCCCUGGGACACUUGAUGGUGGGUGAUGGAGAUGGGUAGAGGAAUAAAGUUGUGUUGUUGCUGGAUGGUCAUAACCCCUGGAGCUGGAGCCUGGGUGCAGGUGGGAGGGUUAUUUUCACAUUUAGAGGUGAACAAGAAGGGAAUAAAUGCCUUGAAGGUACGAGUUUUCCAUUAACAGCACUCACAUGCCAUCCAAUUUCCAUGCAACUCUUGCUCUGCUGCAAAACCUCCACAGCAACCUCAGUGCUAGUAAUUAUUGCCACACAUAUGAUGAGUUCCUCACUGAAGAGGAAAGGGAGAUUCAACCAGAUCCCUUUGGGGAAUCAGUCUCUUCUCCACUUGAGUCUUCUUGUGAGCUUUGCUCUCAUUGGGCACUAGAAAAGAAAGUUCAGAGCCUGAGGAGACACUGGCAUGCUUCCUAUUCUUCCCCUGGGUUAACUUGGUGUGUACUGAACACGCGGUAGUGGGGGGACAGACUAGUGGUAAAGUGCAGACUCUAACUCUUCUGUUCUAAACACAUUGAAGGGCUGGAGGGUAUUUCUGGAAUGUGUCAAAAUCGACUAGUGGUUUUUGAGAAGAUGACUUUUCUGAAAGCCUCCUUUACAUUUUUGGGAGGUGCACAAACUCAAGGCCAUAAAUGAAAUUAAAGAGUUGGUUUACAUGCUUGAGCAGUUCUCAUCUCUCACAGAGCUUUUUGAGGCCUGGCUCCUGUCUGGGAUAUUCACUUUCAUCUGAUAACAUCCCAGUGAGAGGAAUGGGCCUGUUCACACCCAUCUGGUUGCUUCCACUGCAGACAAAAUGGGAUGUACUGACUCUGGGGUUCUCCUUUCUUUCUCCCAUACUGCCUCCUAUGAAUUGUUGUCUUCUUUUCUUCCUCCCCACGGCCCUUCCCGCUCUGCUAGGGGGAAGCAAGAUGUAAGGAAUCAUCCAUCAGGACAUGUUUUCUGUACUUAGUAUGUUUUCUUGAACUCCAGGGCUACAGCCUCCCCCCAUCUCCAUAUUGUCAAAGUUGAUAGCACAUGUGACAUCUAGCAUAUGAUUUAUCUAGUUGAUAAGGGGUUGAUCUAGAUGAUAGCACAUGUUGAUAAAGGGCAUAUCUACCAUGCCUUCUGCCUGUUUUACUUUUGACAUUCCUAGUCAUGUUGACUCAGGCAUUUCCAGUAAUGUUGACUGGAGAUGCCUGUAGUAAGUUAUGAAGCACGUAUUUUAGAUUCAUUGGGUUGGAAGAGACCUCAAAAGUCAUCCAGUCUAGUCCCCUGCGCAAAUGCAGGAAUGUAUUUCUUGAUUAGGUGAUUAUGUUGUUUCCUGUAUGAAUAUAUCAUAUUGAUUCAGUGUCAGGAAAUGGACCAUAGGUGGGACAGAUGAAUCUGGAUAUGUCUUCCUCACAAAUAACUGAUGGACAGUUUCAUCAAUUUGAGUCAUAUGAGGUGCUGGCUACAUCUUGGGCUUGCUAAAUAGGUUUCUCCAUGAAUGUCUCAGCCUCUGUAAGGAAGGAGGAAAUCAAAGGACUGGCUGGGUUAAUGUCAUACAUGGUUGCUCACGGAGUUGGGUGGUUCAGGGAGGAACUGAGAUAAAGAUGCUUAUGCAUCAGUCCCAUGGCCAGACUACAUAGGUUAUAAAGUCUGAGGUAAGAUAGAAUUAUAGAAAAUUAGGGUUAGAAGGGACCUUAGGAGGUCAUCUAGUCCAACCCCUGCUCAAAGCAGGACCACCGCCAACUAUUUCAUCCCACAUAGAUAGGCCUAUGUACACAUGCCUACAAACUUUCACUUUUUUUUCUCUUGCAAAGGCGGGUGCCUUUUAAAUUCUACUUGGUUGCAAGAAAGUUGUUUGGGGUCACUGUGUUCAUCAUAGAUCACAGCUCUGGAAGACAAGAACUAAAGGGAGCCAAAUGCAUGCAAAGCAGAAGAGCAGCUGCAGUUGGUGCAUAGCGCUUUGUAGCCUGGGGACCCACACUAAGAAUGAGAGAAGUUUGGGAUUCCACCUGGGGAGAGGUGAAGGUGCAGGGUGCACUAUCAGAGCUGGUAGAGGAGUCAGUGGGAUAGCUAGUCUUGCAUGGUAACCAGUACCUAAUGGGAUAGAUAAGUGUGGUGAGACUUCUAAGAGUCUGUCAUAUAUUUAUCUGUCUACAGUAUGAGUUUGUUUUAAAUUGACAGAGAGUAGAAAAAUGAAGAAUUCCUUUUAAGCACCUUUCUUUACCUGUCAUUUGAUAUUUGUGUGUGCCAGAAGCCUCAAAGUAAGGGAUGUGUGCGACGUUGAGUAGAUGCUGCACCACGUAUGUCAUACCUGGGUUGAUUUGACUAGUUCUUUGAACUACCUCACCUGAGAAGCUUCUUGACUUGAUUGUAGAUUACAGGAUAAAUUUUUAUUCAGGGUUUGUUGUGACUAUUAAUAAUUCUGCAUGUAAUCAGGAAACUCGUAUUUGUUGCCUUAUCCUGUUUCCUUUAAACUACAUAGUCUGUACUAAGAGGUCAUGUAUUCAUUUGAUUGUGAAGAUAUUCUUUCAAAAACUU